AUGCCGCGAAAGGUCUUCAAAGAUGGCCCAGUAGCUAAGAAGGACGACAUCACAGAAGUGAUUAAGGGCUGGGACAGUGAAGAAGCACUUCGGGCCACUGCACUUUCAAAGCAGCGGCUUCUUCAGGAUCGCCAAGGAAAAUCUGAUGUCAGCAUCUGUUUGCCGAAUGCUGCAAGGAAUCACCAUGUGCUGUUUCACGUGGCUAAAAACAUGGCCACCCGGAAGCGGCUGAGUGCAGACCCUGUCGAAGUGAUCAUGUUGAUGCUGCAUGGAUGGUACACCAAGAACAAAGCGGCUUAUGAGUCAGUUGAGGGCUUUGAUGCAAAAUCAUGGGCCUUUAAAGAUGGCUGGACGCUACACAAGCUUCUGACCCUCUUCAGACCGAAGGCCAUGAGAGAUGAGCAUCCCCGUGAUCUUUGGAUGUAUACAGACUAUGACAAGAAUUUGCUCAGCAUCUUCAAAAUCUUCAGAGCGGUCUACGUUUGCCAGAAGAAGGAGCAGGGUGGUGCUGGUGCGCCGGCGCCUGCUGAGGAUGCUGCCAGCGAGGCAGCAGAUGAUGCCGAUGCAUAUGUGACCAUGGCGGGUGGGCUGGAAUCCGAAGCAGGCAAUGAUGAUGCCGAUUGGAAGACUCUCCCCGAUAUGAUUGCAAGCAUGGAGCCGUCGCAAGAUGAGGAUAGCCUAGUGUCAUCCAUCCCCACCAUUCAUGAUUAUAACUUGGCCUACACACAGGAGCAAGUCGAGGAGAUCAUGGAGCCUGCCUACCAGAACAUCUUCAAUGCAUCUAAGAAGUCAUGUGCAAGCCCGGAGCAAGAGCAGCUGGCACUGGCUAGCCCAGCUGAAGUCAGCUCAAGCCCUGGGGUUCUCUCUGUGGAUUCCACCCCGACGCCCGAAAACCCUGCACGACCCAAGAUUGCACGUCUGCCCCCCCUGGAAGCAAAGCCCAGUGGCAAGCCAAAGGGGUUUCAGGACGGCAUUUCAGAUAGGCUCUCGCCCAAGCAGAAGCUUCUGUUCAUCCAGCUUUGCAAGCAGAAGCUGCAGGGCUUGAAUGACUUCACGAAUCCCGGGUGUGAUUGGAACAGGGAUGCAUUGCCUUCAUCCUCUGCUGGAGUGGAUGGCCAAGGUGUGUCGCCUGCAAAGAGCUCGGCGCACACGCUGUAUUACGAAGGUGUGAAUCCGGAUGUGGUGGACACCUUCGUGCCAAACGAGUUUCAGGAGGCCAAGGCUGCCGAGAAUCAGGUUGCAGAUUCCCCAAAAGGGGGGGCCAAGGCUGCCGAGAAUCAGGUUGCAGAUUCCCCAAUGGAGGACCCGGUGGCCACCAAAGAUUUGCAAAUGCGAUUGGUGCAGGAUGCGCGUGCCGAGGGAAAAGGGCGUUUGGAUGAGCCGGUGCAGGACCAGGAGGAUGGACCCAAGGCCUACAAUGACCACAUCCUCCCUUACACUUCUUCCAGGGGCCAAGGUGUUGCUCAGCUUGCCAAGCUACCCUUCAUCCCUGUGCAGUACCGCUUCUAUGACUUGGUGCAACUUAACAUGCGCCGAUGGAGGGACUUUGAGAACGAGCCAUGGGGCUAUAUUCAGGCUGCAGUGGAGCAGCACAAGAUGAUGUCUGAACCUGUGGCCGUUUGUGGUCAUGGAUAUUACGAUUUUCUUUUGACCAUUGGCAGCAAUUUGCUGGCCAUGGUGCUGGCCUUUGCCUUUCUGCUGAUUCUCUGGAAUGAAGCAGUGGACCUGAACGAGGUGUAUUCCUACCACUUCAUCGAGUCCUUUGCUGGUGCUGCAGCAGCAACGAAUGCAAUGAAGAGAGACACGAGCCUUUUCAAGGUUCGGCAGGCCAAUAUCAUGACAGCCAGGGUGGCUCUUCUGUGCCUGGGCACCAUGGCAUUUGAUGGUGUACAAAUGCAGAUUCUGGAUGUGGCACUACGGAUCUCGGACAGCGAAACCAACCAUGAUAUGGUCCAGGCCCGGGAGCAGGAGCGAAACCCAUGUGGCCUCGCAGCUCCUGUGCAACGCUACCGGGAUGCUUGGGGAAAGAAGAAGUUCCAAGGCAAUGAGACAUUGAAGAUGACACAGCAGUAUACUCCGGAGUUUGGUGACAAGAUCGCUGAAGAAUGCUCUCGCCUCCUUGCUGCUUGCCCAAAGACUACGGACCCGGAAGAGGGAGUGGACCCCAUUCAGAUGUGGAUUUCUUGGGAAUGGGGUGAUUUCUGGGAUGGUGCUCUGAUGAAAGAGCUUGUGCAAUCUGCUUUGGCAGCAAUGGAUGCAGAGCAGUUGUUGCAAUCCCUGCCUGAAGAUCCCCUGGAGCUUUCAGCAAUGCUGAAGGACAUGAAAGUUAGUCUUGGGGACGUCAAAGAGGAGAUGGUCGAGCCGGAAACAAAGAAGGAAAUGGGGGCUGCAGCCAGCCCUGGGACCUCACCCGACUGCAAGAAGUGUUUGCAAGCUGAUCUGGAGGCAUCCCAGCUCCUGACCCAGCUUGACGAUGAUGGGUAUGAGCCUGGUUCUCCAUUUGCUCCUGCCGCCGGGGUGAUGGAAGAGCCAGAUGGAUAUCAAGCCGUGGAUAUGGAUGUGGAUGAUGAGGAUCUCAGCAAAUUCUUGCUGCAGACACCCGGGUCCUCUGGGCGGAAGUCCAGCCAAGAUGGAAAAGACGACGAGGAGCCAACGGUCAAAGUGGGGGGGCUCACUCUGAGCAGACCUGCUUACAACAAGUGGCGAAUGAAGUUGAACCGCAUGUGUGCACGAAAGGCUACGUCUGGCAAGCUGGAUGUACCAGAAGAUAUCCACAAGACUUGGCUGGACAAAGGCAGCGGCAAGGACGGACUUCUGGAGACACUGAUCAGAAGCAAUGGAGACAAGGAGCAAUUUGUCCGACGAGUGACCCUGAAGAAGGUUUCGGAGCGAAGCGUCGAGUUGGAUGAAGAGGGGGGGUACUAUACUGCUUCGGAGAUGGCCAAGCUGACCCGCAUCGACAAUACCAUCGCCUGGUGCAAUGAUCCCCAAAACGGUGAGGAUCUUGUGCU